AUGAGCUGGCGGUCCGGCUCCCCCGGCGUGGUCCUCACCGCCUACCACCCCAGCGGCGGGGCCGGCGACGCCCCCGGCGGCCGUCGGUCUGGACAGUAUACAAUGAACCAUGACCAUUCCAAGAAGAUCCCUGAUGGAACAUCAUUUGACCGCUCAGGAUCCCAGGACUCCUUGGAUGAACUGUCUAUGGAUGACUACUGGAAAGAACUUGAAAACAUCCAUGAAACCAGAGGAAAUAAUCACGAGGAACGAGUAGCACUUGUAGUGAAAGAGCCAGAUGAGGGAGAACUGGAAGAAGAAUGGCUGAAGGAGGCAGGUUUGUCAAAUCUCUUCGGAGAGAGCUCGGGCGACUCCCUGGAAAGCAUGGUGUUUUUAUCCACACUGACCCGAACCCAGAAAGCCGCGGUGGAAAAGAGAGUAGAGACUGUCACACAGACCAUGAGGAAGAAAAACAAACAGCACCAGAUUCCUGAUGUCAGAGAUAUCUUCAGGCUACAAAAUGACUCAAAGGGAAAAGUCUGUGAUGGAAGUGAACCUUCAGCUGUGAAAACAAGUGAAAACAAAAAUGAAACACAUGAUGGAACAAAAGGUCCAAAGUUCAGUCUUGGAACAGAUGAGCAGAAGAGCCUGCUUGAAGAUAUGCCAUCUUCAGACACAGACAUCAAUUUGGAGAUAUCAUUUGCAGAACAGGCAGCUAAUCUCAAAGACAGCUCAGUAGGCAAAAUGUACAAAGGUGGAGGGGGUGACACUCUUCUCCCGAAUUUCAGACUGCCGAAGGACAAAACAGGUACCACAAAGAUUGGUGACUUAGCCCCUCAGGAUAUGAAGAAAGUCUAUUCUUUAGCACUGAUUGAAUUAACUGCUCUCUAUGACAUACUUGGGACAGAAUUCAAGCAGCAAAAAGCUGUAAAAAUCAAAACCAAAGAUUCUGGCUUGUUUGGUGUCCCACUGUCACUUUUACUGGAACAAGAUCAGAAAAAGGUCCCAGGAACCAAGAUCCCACUGAUUUUUCAGAAGCUGAUUGCCCAGAUAGAAGAGACAACUCUGGAAACAGAGGGACUUCUUAGAAUACCAGGAGUUGCGACAAGAGUAAAGGGUCUUUGCCAAGAACUGGAAGCAAAAUUUUAUGAAGGGACUUUCAACUGGGAAAAUGUAAAGCAACACGAUGCAGCAAGUCUUUUAAAACUCUUCAUCCGUGAACUGCCUCAGCCACUCGUCACUGUAGAAUAUCUCAAAGCUUUCCAAGAUGUGCAGAAUCUCCCAACAAGGAAACAGCAACUGCAAGCUUUGAAUCUUUUGGUUAUCCUUCUACCUGAAGCAAACAGAGACACCCUGAAGGUACUGCUUGAAUUCCUCCAAAGGGUAAUUGAUCACCGAGACAAAAAUAAGAUGACAUUGAAGAAUGUUGCAAUGGUGAUGGCCCCAAACCUUUUCACGUUUCAUGGGUUUGGCUCAAAGGCUAUUGAACAAAGCGAGUUUGCUAUGGCAGCUGGGACAGCAAAUGUCAUGCGCUUUAUGAUUCAGUACCAAAAACUUCUCUGGACAAUUCCAAAGUUUAUUGUUAAUCAAGUGAGAAAACAGAACACUGAAAGCCAGAAGAAGGAGAAAGAGAAGAAGGACAAAGCGAUGAAGAAACUUCUGAAAAAGAUGGCAUAUGACCGGGAAAAGCAUGAGAAACAGGAGAAGACUCCUAAUGAUACUGAUGUUCCUCAGGGAGUGAUACGGGUGCAAGCGCCUCAUCUUUCCAAAGUUUCCAUGGCAAUACAGCUGACAGAAGAACUGAAAGCUGGUGAUAUAGUAGCCAGGUUUCUCAUCGAGAAAAGUGGAAAUGUCCAAACACUCAAGAAAGAAGAGGUAUUUCUUUAUGAAAUAGGAGGAAAUAUUGGAGAACGCUGCCUUGAUGAUGGCACCUACAUGAAGGACCUAUACCAGCUCAACCCAACUGCUGAGUGGGUUAUAAAACCUAAGCAGAGCUAA